UGACUCCGUCAGACCUAACGUCGCUUAUAUUGCUGUUAUAACGGGAAGCGUUAUAAUGACUGUAUAAAACAUUUCCGCCUUCUCAUUACCUCUCAAACCACAGAGAGAGAAAGAGAGAGAGAACUCUCAUGGCUGAUCGCUCUUUUUUUAUUCCGAUCAGAUCGAAGAGUUAUAUUAUCUGUCUCACAAUUGUCGUUGUAUAAUCCUUGACAAGAUCUAUCGAUUUCUCUAAGAGGCUGGUUUACGCUAAACCGAUCAGAAUUUUUAUCCAGUUUCUGAUCAUAAUUCAACGACUUUCGAACUCAAUUACCACCUCUUCAACAAAGCUUCGUAGAAACGCAACAUCUACUUGAAGUAAGUCACUGUGAAAGUCGCAGAUCUGAGUUGAUAGCUACAGAUUCCUGUCGGAUUUCAUAUAAUAUCAUAAUUCAAAAAGACAAAACUACAAAGAACCGUAGAAGCUGCUUGUUGUUUUGUUCAUGGAGCUUCCUCAACCUCGUCCCUUCAAAGCCCAGGGGAGAGAACCAACACAUGAUUUUUUAUCGCUCUGCAGUCAUUCAACUGUCCAGACAGAUCCCAAGCCAACACCUUCUUCUUCUCAUGGUAGCCACUUGAAGACCCAUGAUUUUCUACAACCGUUAGAAAGCGUUGGUGGUUCUAAAGAAGAGACAAGUAGGAUUGACACAACCUCCGAGCCGCCUGCACCGCCCCCACCGCUGAAGCACGUGCUUCCCGGUGGAAUAGGAACGUACACGAUAAGCUCAAUACCUUAUUUCCAUAAUCAUCAAAGAGUUCCUAAGCCGGAGCUUUCACCACCAAUGAUGUUCACUGCUAGUGGUGGUGGUGGUGGUGGUGGUGGUGUUGAGAGAAACGUUGUGGACGCUGCUGCUGUUGCAAGCGGGCUUACUCUGUGGGAUGAAUCUGGUUCUGGGACUAAGGGACAGACAAGGAAGGAGAAUAACGCUGGGGAGAGAGCUAACAUCAGAGCUGAUGCUGCAACAACUAUUGGACAAUGGCCAGCACAGUCUUUGACAAAUAAUAACCCGUUGAGCGGUUUCAGUUCUCGUUCUUCCUCUCAAGGGUCUGGACUCAAGAGCCAGAGUUUCAUGGACAUGAUAAGAUCAGCCAAAGGAACUUCACAGGAUGAUGAUUUAGACGACGAAGAUGAUUUCUUCAUGAAGAAAGAAAGCUCCUCCACUAGCCAGAUCCGUACAGUAGAUAUGAGAGUAAAAGCAGAGGCGAGAGGGGCUGGCAAUAACGAUCCAAAGAUGAACACGCCUAGGUCAAAACAUUCUGCUACAGAACAACGGAGGAGGAGCAAGAUCAAUGAUAGGUUUCAAAAGUUGAGACAGUUAGUACCUAACAGCGACCAAAAGCGUGACAAGGCCUCCUUCUUGCUAGAGGUUAUAGAGUAUAUUCAAUUCUUACAGGAGAAAACAAGCAAGUACGAGACUCCUUACCAAGGAUGGAACCAAGAACCUGCCAAGCUAUUGAAUUGGGCACAGCAAAGAAACAACCAACAGCUUGUCCCUGAAGGAACCGUUGCAUUUGCUCCAAAACUGGAAGAAGAGAAGAAUAACAUUCCGAUCCUUGCAACAGCUGAAACACUGAACCGAGUAACUCCAUUUCCUUUGUCGGUUCAAAGCAACAGUCUGUUCUCUCCUGUAAUUGCGGGUAAUCCUCUAACUCAGUUGCACGCAAGAGUAGUAGCAUCAGAGUCGAGCCCGAGUUCUCGGAGUCAUACUCAGCCAUUGAAAGAAGGAGGAGGAGAAGAAGAAGAAGAAGAACAGGGUGAUGAUGAGGAAGGUCGUGAGGGUAACAUCAGUAUAUCGAGUGUUUACUCGCAAGGAUUAGUGAAGAGACUAAGAGAAGCAUUGGAGAAAUCAGGAGUGGACAUAACGAAAGCAACCAUCUCCGUAGAAAUCGAGCUUGCUAAACGCUCCUCUGAAGUCAAGCAAACUCGGAAACCUAAACGGCUCAAAACGUGCAAUACAAGUUAAAAAGAAAAAAAAAAGAGCUGGCACCCAAUUGGGUUAAAACACCAAAGUUAUAUCAUAGAUAUAUUCAAUCUUUUUUAUUUUCUUGUACAUUCGAAACUAUAAUCUCGUGGGUCCAUAAUCUUUUGAGACCCGGUUAUGCUAACCGCCGCAUUUUAAACUCUAAUCUCAAAACUACUUUGGGGUUUCUUUUGAGAAAAUAUCAUUAGGAGAAAGGCUUUCAAUGUUUUACGUAAGCUUCCUGUAUUUAGUGAAGUCACACUUUUUGAAUCAUCAUUAUUUACAUUUUUUUUCUUCUU